ACCCUGACCAGACCCUGACUGAACCACCGCCAGACCAUCACCUGGUUCAGGACCCUUAGACAUUGCAGCGAUCAGCAAUGCAGUGAAACGAGAGCCUGGGGAGGUUACGAAUCGAAAUCCGAUUUACAUAUUCGAUUUAUUCCAUGGUUUUCGUGUAAUAUGGUGUGUAACUUUGUCUGAAUAAACGGCCACAUCAAAAUGGAUCAUCGUGGGAAAUCAGGACCAGGUCGUGGGGGCAAGAGCAAAGCCCCUCAACAUCCUGCAAACUUCAUUGCACUAGGUUCUAAAGGAUCUCGACCUGAUCUGACCGAAUCAAAACGGCCCGGUAUGCCUCCAAAGGUAGGCCCCAGCUCAUCCGGUCAAGGAGUCGAGAGGAAGAGAGACCCCUCAGUUUCGGUUUCAAUGCCUCUAAAUAAGAAGCCAAAACUAGAUGCAGCAGCAAAAAGCGAAGAUGCGUGGGACUCACAUGCGAUUGAAUGCGACCCUGCUGAUUUAGUGGCAUCAAUCAGUCAGGCUAUGGAAGAUGAUGAUGCAAAUAGGGCACGCGGUCUCUUGUGUGGUGGUCUGUUGCUCCUGAGGAGAGGCAAAGUGGACAAAAUCCUUAUGCUUUCACUGCUGUUAAUCGGAAAACAGUGGCCAAAACUUCUAACUCCAGAGAUUCCUUUGCUGUGUCUCGCUCUUUGUACAAAGGGGAUGAGGAGCCAAACGACCACGGGGAUCUGCUAUCUUCUAAUGAAGGCACUUCAGCAUCAGACAUCCUGGCCUGAACUUCUGGCUCGAGUUUAUGCUGAAGACUCAGCUGGGGACCGGCAGUGGGUUGACCUGGAGGAAGCUCGGCCUCUUGUAGAAAACAUUUGCUUGUCGUUUGGCACUAAAAAGCCCACCAGAAGUAUCGUGCCUCCUGAAGUGCCUGCAAUGUCUUCUGAAAUUACUCCUGAAGUGUCUGCUGGACACUGUGACUCACCUGCACGCGAGGAAGAUGCAGGCAACGCACGCAGGGGGGCAGCCAUCGAGGCAAUUGACACAGGUCUACCCAUGGAGCGGUACAAGAAAGAAGCUAUUGAAAGCGUGAUCGUAAGCUAUGUAAAGGAUUGCAUGGCCAAUCGACCAGGUCUGGACCCUAACUAUAAAAAUUUGGCCAAGCUGAUGAUCACCGCAAGUGGACUGCAGGGCAUCAGGUUGGCAGCAAUUCAAAAGUUGGAUGGAUGGCUACAGAGCCCAAAACUUUUGAAACCAAGCCAGGAUCUUCUCCUCAGCAUUUGCGCCAACUGCACAAGCUCAGAAGACACUGAUAUUGUGGGACAUAUUGUCAAGUUAAAAUGCAAGUCAAAGCCAAUCCUCAACUGUUUCCUCAUGUGUAUCAGGGAGCUGAUCGCCGCUUACGCAGGCAACCUGGGCUUGCUGCUCAAGCUGGUGGUUUACAAUGAGUUGUCUAGCACGCGCAACCAAAACAACAUGCAGGUUUUGUCCACAAUAUUUAGUAUAAAUCAAGAUCAGUCUUCUGGAAUGCUGGCAGAAGUAUUUCAUGAGUUACUCAUCCACAAAGAAGACUAUUUAAAAGCGAUGCGCAACUUUCUUCGCGAGAUGUUCCGCAACGUGCGGGAAAAAUUGAAUGUGAUCGCCUUCUGCCGCGCCCUAUUGCAGGAUCGCAGCACAGAUCCAAACUUCAGGGAAUCUGGCUCCAAAGAACGAAUGCUAAAUGCCAUACCAGAUAUUGUCUGUCUUACCAUCCUGCUCAGCAUUACUCUUCAAGUUAAGGAAUCUGCUUCUUUGUUGGCCAGGGGAGACACGCGUGAAACGAGCGUCAGCAAUUUAAUCAACUUCCAGAACUUGGUGGCCAAAGUGCAGCAAGACGCAGCCUACUGGCUGCGAGACACCGUCGUUAAAAUGUACCGCCCAAGUGAGGAAACGUACACUCAAGUAAUGAAAAAAGUGUUUUUCCUUGAGUCGAGCGACCAGUACCACAACAAAGACAACUGGCCUCCGGAAAGCGACAGAGGCACCAUGUAUCGGUUGGCAUCGGAUGUGCCUGUUUUGCAGAAAACUCUGAUAGUGAUGUGCAUGAUUGGCAUGUCCAACGAGAAUCCCAUCACCAUCCCCAACCUAAUAGACGUCAUGGAGCGCAUUGUAAGACGUGCGGCACUCAUUGCCAACGAACAUUUAAAUCCUUUGCACGUCGAUAAAGUUGAGCUGCUCCCGACGCUGUUCAAGCUAUGCAAAUACAAACACCCGCAACACUACAACUUUUCGUCAAGUUACAGCCCACCUAAACUGGCGAUCUUGAACUCUUACUGGAAGGCCUGGUCACUUGCGGUGGUGUUGGCUGCUUUCAAUCCAACCACUGUAGGAGCCGUUGGAUGGGGAAAACACGCUACACUGCGAGCCUUAAUGGAGAUGUGCAUCACCAACACCUUUCACUACCCCCCACCAACAAUGGCUCUCAAGGAUGAGGACCUGGCCAAGGAAGCGCAUAUGAUAGAAAUCGAGCGUAGGCAAAUGCUAGAAUACGAAGCACUUCUGGCCGAACAAGAAAAGCCCAGCCGAGUCAUUACCGAGCAGAGCUCGCAUUUUUUGCAAACUCUGACUGUAUUUGAUCCUAUUGGGCCUGCCAGAAGACCACCGCCUGCGUCACUCGCUGAGCUUCAGUCUCUUAAUGAUGUACUGCAUCUCGGCCACCGCCUGUGCAGGUGCAGAAGCCCUGACUUUCUUCUUGAUGUUAUUCAGCGCCAAGGAACGUCCCAAGCGAUGCCCUGGCUUGCCGAUCUCGUCAACUCCUCUGAUGGCUCCCUUUGCCACCUUCCUGUGCAAUGCUUGUGCGAGUUCCUGCUCAGUGAUCUGGUUCCAAUGGCCGAGCAUUCAAGGCAGCAAAAGCACCAGCAACUUGUGAACCAUCUAAAAAAUAUGCUAGCGGUUAAAGACAGUCCAGAAAGUUUAGCACAGUGUCUCGAAGUUCUUGUAUACUUCAUGGGAAGGCUGGGGUCGCAUCAGGCGUGCAACAGGCACCAAGCUAUCAAGGCUCUCAGACUGCUAUUGGACGAGGAUGAAGAUGAGGUCAACUCAAACAACUGGGUGCUGGAUCGGCUGCCAAGCCUUCCACACUUCUCAAACCUCAAAUCCAAUAUUAUCGUAGCUUUGAGGCAGGCGUGCCUCUCCGAGAAUGACAUCAGCACUUUGCGCUGCUACCUGCGUUUCUUGGCUGAGCACGCUGUCAAGGAUGCUGAUCAGCAAUGUCUAGCUGAUCUCACGGUGGACAUGGCCACUGUGGUGGUUGAAAGGAACAUCAUCACCCACAUGCUGCUACCCUCAAAAGGACAGCAGGAUUGUGACGAGGCGCAUAGCUCACUCGCGCACCUCAUGGAAAUAUUCAUCAACCAUAUCACUACAUCUCGUGUUCCGCGUCGUGAGUCAUACGCGUGGUCGCACAACCAGGAUCACAUCCUUGUGGAGUGGCCAACAGAGGAGUGCUAUCUUCACAUCUUGGUGGUGCAUGCGUCAGUUCUACUGCUGACCUACGGCCAGGGCCGGCAUCACCACCUCUUCAAACAGCUGCACGAAAUCUGGCUUGGCACCGAGAGACCUAGAGGCCGACUCACAGAUACUUUCGAAGAGGCAGUGUUGUUCCCUGACUGGCUCAAACUAAAAAUGAUUCAGUCAGAAGCACCUGGUCUUGCGGAGGCAGCACUCGCUGACCUGGAGCCGCCGCAACUGCUGCUGUUUGCUCAAAACUUUGGCAUUCCGCCUUCAAACAUGAGCAAGUUGCUAGCCACUUUGGAUCGCGCGGUGGACCAUGAGCCACAAGCCGUGGCCGAAGCCCUCCAGGACCGUUCAUACAUGGUGCAGCUGGUCAGGGUGCAGCAUUACCUUGGCGCUAAAAAUGGGCACACAUUCCUUCAUUUUCUUGAUCCUUCAAAUCAGGCACAACCUGAAGAGCUCCCUGAAUCGCCUGAGAUUGUCGUGCGCCGGCCUUUACCGCUGCAAACAGAAAAGGCUCCAGAGCCUAAGGCCAUGAGCGCGCUGCUGCCUUCAUUGUUUUCAGAAGAUGGUCAUGAAGCCAGAGCAGCGUUUUCCCUGAUCCAUAAAACAGUUUGCAAUGAGUUGAGUGAAGGUGACUCUGACUUGCUGCUGUCGAUUCUGCACCAUGUGGUACGUGAAAUCCGCAACCGGCCAUCGUUCGCACAUUACGCCUUGGCCCGGCCACUUCUGCUGUGGCCGCUGGUGCGACUGGCCGUUUCCACGCGACCCAAGCCUGCCGUCCGAGAGGCCUUGGCGCAAUUAGCGGAGCAGCUAAAGUGCACCAACACGCCAAUGACGCACAUGCUGGCCAGCACGGAUCAGCAGCCCAAAUUCAGAGCGAGCAGGGCCACCGUGGCCGAGGAGGCGACGCAGCGACUGCUCUGCCAACAAACCAAUGAGAGUACUGGUCACCUGCUUGACAGCCUGGCCACCCUAGAGACCGUGCCCAUCGAACAGCAGAUGCAGCUGCUGUUUGGACGUGGACACACUACCUGUAGGCCAUAUCUGCUCACCCUGCUGACCCAUGGCUCGACUUGGAGCACUCUGCACAAUUGCAUGACCCACUUGCUGAGGAAGGCAGACCCCAGCUAUGAUCCAGGCGCAGUUCUAGAUUUCCUCUGGGCACUUAUCGGAAAUCCAAAGCUUUGGCAAGGCCGAGAGAAGAGACCCUCAAAACACCAAGUUCGGGAUGAUAUUUUGGGCCUCAGUUUGGAGCAGGCUUGCGUUCUGCUUGACUAUGUUCUCGAAGAAGCUUUGGUCGUCGGGGGUCAGGAGUUGUCCGAUGGACGCGUAGCCCUGUUACUCCAAUGCCUGUCCCUUGAGUACCUUCGACCCAUGGUGCGUCACUUGGCCGCGUGUCUCCAGUCGGCUGACAAGGCGGCUGUCAGCCAGCAACUGCUAUUGCAGCUCUACCUUGCCAUGCCCGUGCUGAUCAAUGGACUUAAUGAUUGCGAAAAGGAUCUGCUGAUCGAAGGCACCAAUCUUGGUGCCUGUGCUCUUGACAUUUCCUCUCACACGCUGCUCUCCGCUCUGGCUUCCUCUGCAGGCCCACCUAAGGAAUGGAAUCGCCGCAGUCAAGAAUUUGAGCUAGCCGCCCGCAAAAUGACGGCCACACACCCUCUUCUGGUCUUGCGACAAUUGCCAAUGUUAGCAGCAUCGCUUCAAGGUCGUGUGCAUUAUGAGUCUGGUGUUUUCCGCCACAGGAAUCAUUUGAUCUACUUCUUGCAAGUGCUGGGCCUGCUUGAGGUGUUGCAGCCGCACAUCUUCCAGACUGAGUAUGCCCAGUCACUAGAGCUUAUCCUUGACUCGUUUUUUGCAAUGUUCCAGCUACACAACCAAUUGAAGGAUGUGCAGAUCGCAUUGUCCAGAACCGUGGCGCUUCUACAGAGUUUUGUGUCCUAUGACGCCCAGAGAGCUCUAAAAUACCUUCAACGCCACUGCCAGCUACUGCAUGACCUGCACGCUGCCUACCCGAAUGUGAGCGGAUUACAGCCGCUAUUGGCCGGACUGUCGCUGCCCGCACGCGACGGCGAUGAGCCCGAAGUGCUGGUGGCGGCCGCGGCGGUGAGCGCCGCUGAGGCCCAGCAGCCGCCGACGGCCAUGGUGGGCCAGAUCGUGGGCCGUUUGGGCCGCCAGCAGACAGAUGACGUGCAGCAACUGGCGCUGCAUGAACUGGAUCAGGCGUCUUCCCGCCGUCCGGCAGUGCUCGAGGGAUGCGUUGACGUGCUGGCCGGGCUGCUGCUGCACCCGAGCAUUUACACCCGCAACCAGGCGCACAUGCUGCUGCUCAGAUACCUCCGGCACAAUCCAGCCGCCGCCGCUGCCUCCGUCACCACCUUCAUCCAAUGUCUGGAGAGCAGCAACCCCGACAUCCAGGCGUCAGCCAUCGAGAAGAUUCCAGAAGUCGUCGUCUGCGCGCAAGAGUACGCACUGACCAUUCUGAAGAAAUUGGGCAAACUUGGAAUUGAGCAGGGAAUCGACACCACGUCAGUGAUCCUUCAUACUGUUUCUCUCCUGCAGCUGCAGAAUGGAUGUUAAGUAAUGCUUUGUCAUAAAACCUAUUUUCGGUAACAACAUUAAAACAUAAUAAAUCUGGCUUUCUGUGAG